UAACCAGGAAGUAAGGCUCCGGAAGGGGCGGGCUUUAUGAAGAUGGCGGCGCUGGAGGUGCUGGAGUCAGACCUACCAAGUGCCGUGGCACUUUUGAAAAACCUCCAGGAGCAGGUGAUGGCUGUAACUGCACAAGUUCAAGCUCUGACAAAAAAGGUUCAAGCUAGAGCCUAUCCUACAGAGAAGGGUCUCAGCCUCUUAGAAGUGAAAGACCAGCUACUGCUCAUGUACCUUAUGGAUUUGAGCCAUCUCAUCCUGGACAAAGCCUCAGGAGGAUCUCUUCAGGGACAUACUGCAAUUUUGAGACUGGUGGAGAUUCGCACGGUUUUGGAAAAACUUCGUCCCUUGGACCAAAAACUGAAGUAUCAAAUUGACAAACUGGUCAAGACUGCAGUGACAGGAAGCCUCAGUGAGAAUGAUCCACUCCGUUUUAAGCCUCAUCCCAGCAAUAUGAUGAGCAAGUUGAGCUCUGAAGAUGAGGAGGAUGAAGCAGAGGAAGGCCAGUCUGGGGCUUCAGGGAAGAAAUCUGCAAAUGGAGCAGUUAAGAAAUAUGUUCCACCACGCUUGGUUCCAGUACAUUAUGAUGAAACAGAGGCUGAGCGAGAGAAGAAGCGCCUUGAACGAGCCAAGAGGAGGGCAUUGAGUAGCUCUGUCAUUCGUGAACUUAAGGAGCAGUACUCAGAUGCUCCAGAGGAAAUCCGUGAUGCUCGGCAUCCUCAUAUUACUCGCCAGAGUCAGGAAGAUCAACACAGGAUUAACUAUGAGGAAAGCAUGAUGGUGCGUUUAAGUGUCAGUAAGCGAGAGAAAGGACGGCGAAAACGAGCAAAUGUCAUGAGCUCACAACUUCAUUCCCUCACACACUUCAGUGACAUCAGUGCUUUGACAGGAGGAACCCCUCAUCUUGAUGAGGAUCAGAAUCCUAUUAAGAAGCGGAAAAAGUUACCUAAGAAAGGUCGGAAGAAAAAAGGUUUUCGGAGGCGGCGGUGAUUAUGGGUAUACAUAUUUAUGUAUGUUUUUUGUCAUCUGGGGAUACUUCUGAUUUCACUGUAUGUGGGUUUUUUUCCUCUUUGGAAUGCAAUGAUUGUUUAUUCUGAACAUGUGGAAGAUCUUUACUAAUAAAAUUGAUUUUAUUUAUGAAUUGAA